GCCCCGGUGAAGGCAAGGCGCCAUAGUCACGGUAGUCCUGGCGACAAGAACCAAGCAACGGGAGUCAACAACAACAACCUAAAUCCAAAGGGAAAAAAAAACUUUAACGAAUACAAAGGACAAUACUGGGAUAAACUUGAGAACUAGUGCCGCAAAGCAUUGGUUGCCAUGGCAACAUCUGGAUACUCCGGGGACCUUCAGCCUCAGCCGGCCAACGCAGUAACCAUAGCAACACCUGUUGCCACCACACCCUCAUCCGCGAAGACAGCGCGUUUCCUGUCUGAGAUUCCACCAAACUCUGGUACCAUUGCAACAGCUAACCAAUCAGCCACUGCCUCAAAAACAGGACAGGAUGCACUUUGUUCGCAAGCACCACCUACCCAGGCCCAGGGCCAAAAGGCAGCGGUUCUGACCACUCCCACACAGCACUACGUAACCAACGAAGUCCAGCACUCUGUGGUCCAGAAGAAUAAUGGUCAGAGCAGGUCGCCUCAGUAUAUCAUAGUAACUGUCACAGAGGGCUCUUGUCACUCCAAUGACAGCCAGUCAGACUCCAGCACAUCUGCCCCUGGUGUUCCUACGCAAGUGGUACAAGCAGUGCAGACCACCCCACAGAGGUCAGUGUUGCAAGCAGUGUCACAGGCGACCAAGAGGGUUCAGACAGGUCACAUUAGCAACCUGCAGUCUGUGAACCUAAACCAGGAGGUGGAGCAUGUGUACACUGGCCAGGUGCAGUAUGUGGAUGGAGGAGGAGAAACAGCUUUUACCACAUCCACCAUCCGAUCAAGCAGCUACCCCUUCUCCAACUCACCCCUCUACUCCCAGACCCCUCCCAGCUCUUCAUCCAGUUACUAUGAGGCCACACCCAGCUCUGAGUCAGACAUCACUAGUUCUGUGGCCUCGCAGCCCGUUUCUGUGGCAACCGGAGGAGCCAAUAGUGGAGCAGCUGCAGCAGGUGGAGCAGGCUUUGUCAUUCAAGGAGGAUAUGUUCUAGGGGCAGGAGGAGGAGCAACAGGAGCUGGUGGAGGAGUGGGACAAAGUUACUCAAGCCCAAACUCUCGUGCCCCACCUGCUACUGUGCAAUGGCUGUGUGAUAACUAUGAGGGGGCAGAGGGGGUGAGUUUACCUCGCUGUACCCUCUACUACCACUACCUAUUGCACUGCCAGGAGCAGAAACUAGAACCAGUUAAUGCUGCAUCUUUCGGCAAACUCAUCAGGUCUGUCUUCAUGGGCCUGCGUACACGGAGGUUGGGGACCAGAGGGAACUCGAAGUAUCACUACUAUGGUCUGAGGAUUAAAUCAGGUUCCCCUCUGCUCCGACUGAUGGAUGAACAGCAGCACAUGGCGAUGAGGCAACAGCCUUUCUCUCAAAAGAACAGGAUCAAGCAAGUUCAGAAGGCGCAAGGAAUCACCAACGGAACGUCGGGUGGGGCAGGUCAACAGCAGGGAGCAGGGCUCUGUGAUAUUUCAGCUCAGGUUCAACAGUAUCAGCAGUUUCUAGAGCCAUCACGUCCACUGCCAGAGUUUGUGGACUUGGACUUGCUAGACACCAAACUCCCUGAUGGGGUCCUCUUAGAGCACCUCAAGGCCUUUCAGACUCUUUACAGGGAACACUGUGAGGCAAUUCUGGACGUGAUGGUCAACCUUCAGUUCACACUUGUGGAGGCACUGUGGAAAUCAUUCUGGAGGUUUAGCCAGAGUAAUGACACAGAAUCACUCAACACGCACUGUGAGUCUGAGAAGCGUCUGCCCAAAUCAUGUCUGGUGGUGCUGUGUAAGUUUGAGCCAGUGCUACGUUGGACGAGAGAGUGCGACAACCUGCUCUAUCAGACUUUGGUAGAGAUUCUCAUCCCUGAUGUACUGAGACCCAUCCCAAGUGCCUUAACUCAGGCCAUCCGUAACUUUGCAAAGAGUCUGGAGAGUUGGUUGACCAGUGCCAUGAUGAACAUCCCAGAGGAGAUGGUCCGCAUAAAGGUGGUGUGUGUAAGCUCCUUCUCCCAGACGCUCCGUCGCUACACCAGUCUGAACCACCUAGCCCAGGCCGCCCGUGCUGUCCUCCAGAACACAGCCCAGAUCAACCAGAUGCUGUCUGACCUAAACAGGGUUGAUUUCACUAAUGUGCAGGAGCAGGCAUCCUGGGUGUGUCAGUGUGAAGACCUUGUGAUCCAGAGGCUGGAGCAAGACUUUAAAAUGACUCUGCAGCAGCAGAGCUCUCUGGAGCAGUGGGCUGCCUGGUUGGAUGGUGUUGUCACCCAGGUCUUAAAACCCUAUGAGCACAACCCUGUAGCCUUACCAAAGGCUGCAAAGGUGUUCUUGCUCAACUGGUCUUUUUAUAGUUCUAUGGUAAUACGGGACCUGACCCUGCGCAGUGCUGCCAGUUUCGGCUCUUUCCACUUGAUCCGCUUGUUGUACGACGAGUAUAUGUACUACCUGAUAGAGCACAGGGUGGCCCAGGCUAAAGGAGAGACGCCCAUAGCCGUCAUGGGAGAAUUUGCCAGCACUGUGAAGAGCCGAAUCUCUCCAGAGAAAGAAGAAGAUGAUGAGGACGAAGACGACGAGAGCGAGGACGAGAGCGGUGAUCUCGUGCUGCAGUCUAGCUCUCUGGACACAAUUGAUGAGAAGGAGCCAACGGAGCCACCCGCCAAGCAGCCCAGGACAAGUCUGAAUCUGCACUCACUCGCUGAUAGUCACACCAGCGUUCCACCAUAGCUUAUCCUCCCUAUGAAUACAAAUUAGCACUUGACACACACCAUUGCGCUCAGUUUCUCAUCAAACCAUCCUAUUUUGUCAGCCUGUAUAUGCAUCUCCCAUGCAAACAGAUGACGUUUGCUGAGCUGCUUGACUAAUUUUGUUUUGCCAUUUUCUUUAGUUUUGCCUUCACUUGAUCACUUACUGUCCUCUCAUUUCCUGUGCCUUCGCCAUCCUUUCACUCCUUACUGUACACCAUAUGAUCUAUAUUCUUGAUUCCCUCCUGCUCCACCUUAACCACUGACCUGAUUGCCGUGGAGAGAUCAGAAUACUUCAGUGUUCUUUAUUUUUAGUUUACUUUUACAUUGCCUUUAAUGCAAUGACUAUGCAGGGGACUUUAAUGGAUUAUCUAAAAUAUAUCUUUAUCUGAGUGUAGCUUUUGAAGUGAUACUGCAAGGUGUGUUUUGUUUGCAUGGAAUGUCACAAUUUGUGAUAUUUUACUUCUUUGUCAUUUCUUAAUUUGGCCAACUAACUGGUACCUGUGCCUUUGAGAGAUUUCUAGCCUGGUAAAAGUUUGUAUUCUAUAUAUUAUGUAUCGCUCAAUUAAUAAAUCAAGGUCCUGUGGAGUA